ACCAGGAGAUCUGCCAGUCUCUGAGAGCUGCCCUGCCAGGGCUGCCGAGUGCAUCCACCCCACAGAGCCCAGGGAACGUCAGCCCCAGGCCCUGAGGCUUCUCUGCAAGGAUGGGGAAAGAAACCCAAAAGCCAAAUUGUUCAGGCCAAGAGGAAGCCCUGAACAUCUGCAGUGAUGCAGAGGAACAGUCCAAAUGGGGGUCCUACAGAACAGAGUCAGAGCGGAGAACAUCCCCCAAGGUGUGUGUUCUCCUCGCUCUGUGUGUGCUCCUGGGAAUCCUCAGCUUGAGCCUGGCUGGAGCAGUGACUGUUCUCAGCGUGAGACCCCGGUUCUCUGAGCCGGAAUUCUCCCACGUGUGCCCAGACACCUGGCCUGGUUUCCAAGGAAAAUGUUAUUAUUUUUCUGAGGCUGAGGGCAACUGGACCACGGGCCGGGAAAGGUGUGAGGCCCUGGGAGCUUCACUGGCCACCAUAAGCACGAGGGAGGAACUGGCCUUCCUUCUGCGCUAUAAAGGCGAAGCAAACCACUGGAUCGGGCUGGGAAAGAGGGAUAACGGCUGGGAGUGGAUCAAUGGCACGGCCUUGAACAGCAGGUUUGAGGUGAGGGGUGGGGGGCCCUGUGGGUACCUCGAUGACUGGUGGAUCAGCUCGUCCCUGUGCCACACGGAGAAGAACUGGAUCUGCAGCCGCCCUGACAACUUUGUCCUGUGGGAGGGGAAAUUAAGAGACCCCAAACCGGGACUCUCAGCCUAAAUCUCUGACCAGAUGAGGGAGCUUCACCCCAGCACUGCAAGUGGAACUGCUGGGGGAACAGAUUGGCCAUUUGUCUGGCCAGGAAAUUUGCACUGAACCCCAGAAAUAUAUUGUAUCUGAUGGCACCUCACAAGGAUCAUGGAGUCCAACCCUCAGCCCUGCCCAGGUCCAUCCCCAAGAGUCACCCGCUGUGCCCCAGAGGAUCAUCCAAACCCUCCUGGAGCUCUGGCAGCCUUGGGGCUGUGCCCACUGCCCUGGGGAGCCUGGGCAGUGCCAACCAGCCUCCGGGGGAAGAACCUUUUCCUGGGAUCCAACCUGACCCUGCCCUGACACAGCUCCAGCCCUUCCCUGGGGACCUUGAAAAGUCCUCCAGCAAAGCCUUGGACACUGUCUCCCAGGGCACAUUGCUGGAAAAGCUGCAGCCCAUGGCCUGGACAGAGCCCUCUGUGCUGGGUUAGGAACUGGCUGGAAUGUCAGGCCCAGAGAGUGGUGGGAAUGGAGCUGCAUCCAGUUGGGAUCUGGUCACCAGUGGUGUCGCCCAGGGAUCAGCGUUGGGCCCAGUCCUGUUUAAUAUUGUCCUGGGUUUGAAGAGAGAUGUUGGAAUUCUUUUCCCUAGUGUCCUGUUUUCCCCCUGUCCAUCCCCUCCAUUUCCCCCAUCUGUUUCUCCCUGGAAAGGGGGACUCAAGAGGGGGGGACAGAGCGG